AUGGCUCUACCCAAGGCAGGUGAAACUGAGCGCCUCGUCGCAGACCCCGCACCUGGAAUCACUGCUGCGCCGCAUGAGGACAACCUGCGUUACUUUGAUGUAACGAUUCAAGGGCCCGAUGGCAGUCCUUUCCAACAGGGCGUGUUUCACCUGGAACUAUUCCUUCCGGAGGAAUAUCCCAUGAGUCCCCCGAAGGUGCGAUUUCUCACAAAGAUAUACCACCCAAACAUCGACAAACUGGGUAGAAUCUGUUUAGAUAUUUUGAAAGACAAAUGGUCCCCUGCAUUGCAAAUUCGGACAGUCCUGUUGUCGAUACAAGCUUUGCUGAGUGCGCCCAACCCUGACGACCCAUUGGCUACCGAUGUCGCCAAGCACUACAAGGAGGAUGAGAAGGACGCACAAAGAGUCAGCAGGGAGUGGACGGAGAAGUAUGCGUCCAAUUGA